AUGGCUAGGAACCAGAUCCCCGAAGAUGACUUUGCUGAUGAGUUUGGUCCAAUCAAAGAACUUUCAUCACAAGAGUUAAGAAAAGAUGAAUUCUAUCAACGAUUCAAAAGAGAUGACAACAAGGCAUCAUCAUCAUCGUCAACAACAACAGCCUCCAGAGCUUCAAAAUUAAUAGGUAGAAUUUUCAAACCAAAGCCGACCAAAAGAGAAGGGUCAAAAAAGAAGUUUGAUAUUCGUAAUUUAAAAAUAAAAAACUCGAAGAAGUAUGACUUAAUUCGAAAUAUAAAAAUAACAAAUUCAUCGAAAAGUCCCGAUCCUGAAAAGGACAAUGAUCCAGUACCUGACGCUGCAAGCACGUCGGAUAAUGAAGAAAUCAUAACAAAUCCAGACACAAUUGAAGUCGAUCAUGUUCCCGUAAGCUCAAUUAUUGAUGAAAUAUCAAGGGAACAUGAUAUUAAGUUCAUAAAACAACAGAUACUUUCUCAAUUGAAUGGAAAUUUUGCCAAUCUUAAAGAUUCCAGUCUCUUUGACAAAUAUGCCGACCUUUAUAAAAUAUUGGAACUGACAAUACGAGAUAAAGAAGGUCAUUCAGCCCUAAUAAUUGGUCCUAGAUCCUGUGGUAAAACUUCAAUGGCUAAUCUUGCAAUUGCAGAAUUACGAGAGAAAUAUAAGGAUGAAUUUGUUGCAAUUAGAUUAAAUGCCAUGGUUCAUACUGCUGAUAAUGUUGCAUUGAGAGAAAUUGCAAAACAAUUAGAUGUAAAAUUAAAAGAAGUUGAUGUAUUAGAUUCAGAUGAAUCAAAUCUAUUUGAACAAAAAUCCAUAAAUGAAACAUUUGCUAAUAUAUUGGAGACUCUUGAUCGAGAUGAUACCGUGAAAAAAUCAGAAAGAUUAUCAAUUGUUUUUGUUAUUGAUGAAUUUGAAAAAUUUGCAAUGAGUCAUAAACAAACAUUGUUAUAUAAUCUUUUGGAUCUUGCUCAGAAUGGUAAAACUCCAAUCUGUGUAGUUGGACUUUCUACCAAGAUAACGGCAAGAGAAUUACUUGAGAAAAGAGUCAAUAGUCGAUUUUCUCAAAGAGUUAUUUCUAUAAUUCAUGAAACCAGUCUAGAAGAAUUUUGGAGAAAUGCCCGAUUGGGACUCAUAUUAGGUGAGACACAAAUACAAGCAUUAUCAGAACCAACCUACGGUGAAGAAUGGAAUGACAAAAUCGAAGAAUUAUACAAUGCCGAAGAUGGUAUUUUAAAGAAACUUGUGGCAAGAAAUUAUUAUACAAUUAAGGAUUAUCGAGAUUUUAAUAUUAGUUGUAGAUUAGCCAUUUCACGUAUUUCAACCUCCCAACCAUAUCCUAACGCUCAGGAUUUUGCUGUUUAUCCAUUACAUUCAAUGACUAACAAUGUUCAAGGACUAAUUCAAUCCUUAUCAAACUUGGAAUUAUUAAUGGUUAUAGCUGCUGCUCGGUGGAUUGAGAAAUUCGAAUUACAAACUAUUAAUUUCAAUCUUGCUUAUUUAGAAUAUAAAGAAAUGAUGAAGAAUUUUAAUGUAAAUAUCACAAGUUCUACAUCAACAGAAAGUAGACUUACAAAUAAUCUUAGAAUUAAUCAGAAAAUCUGGUCAGAAAAAGUAUUAGGUAAUUGUUGGGAGAAUAUUUAUAAAAUGGGUUUACUUUUAGAUUCAGGAGGUGUAACUACAAAUAGUGAAGGUCAUAUUAUUAAUAAUGUCAAUUUACAUAAGAAUUUGAUUAUUGAAGAGAAUAAAAUGGUUCAAUUAGAUGUCACUUUGGAUGAAUUGAGAGAUAGCUUACAAGAUCUGAAUAUUUAUAAGAAAUUAACUCAAUUGUAG